AUGGCGAAAAACAACGCAGACUCGCCUGAUUUCAGCGCGGAGGUUUCUUACCAGGCCCAAGCUUACCCCCUUGAUUCUGAACGAGCUCGACGAACGCGCCGUUCCAAUCACCUUCCUCCGAGCCUUUCUGUCCCCAUUCAUGAACUGGGCUACUGGCUCAGCAGCAUCGCGAUGGGUCAGCAGCUCUUCGCAGCCAAGCGACAUCGACACGUCCUUUUCGAAGAGAUCGAACCGCAGGUCAUGCCGCUCGUCCUCCCACCGACACAUAUGUUAUUCUGGCCCCUUGUUCUUGUCUCAUAUUCCACCCUGGGUGCAGGGACGAUUGGCUUGGAAUGCUCAGUUCUCAGUGAAGGCGAAAUGGGCGCAGCUGACGUGUAG